AUGGCGCCGGUUCUGGUCAAAUCGCUCAACAGGCUGUCUCGAGAAGGCAUCAUUGACCUUGCACUAUUAUGGCUCGAGGAGCGACGCUUAACCACUCCCUACCUAUUAAGCAACCGCAAGCUGUUCGAAACUGAUGAAGAAGAUUACCUCCAUGCCCCAGCCGAGAGUAUCGAAGCGCUGCGCUCGAUAUACCGCGAACUCCGGCAACGUGGUCAAGAAAUCAAAAAGCAGGAGGUUAUUGACCGCAUUGUCGACGGCGACUGGCGCAGAGGGCUGUCGUUGCAACAACAUGCGAGCAUUGAUUUUGCUCAUUUAGAGCAGAACGACACCGCAUUGAAGUGGAGUGCCCUGCGGCUCGUACCUCUUGGAAGGGAAGACCAAAAUCUGCAAGAAGGAGGCGAGGCAUACCCGUCGAACAAGAGACGCAGACUGAAUCGCGAUGGGCGCAAUACAAGCUAUCCUCAGAUCUCGGCGCAAACGUUCCUUACCGCGCUGAAAGCAGAGAUGUCUCCUUUGGUGAAGGCACAUUAUCACAUCCACCGUAUGCAGCCGCCCUACAACCUUACAGUUAUUCGACUGUACAUUACACCAGAUGCUGCUUUUCGCCCCCGUGCUUCAGCUAUCCCACGGCGCGCCAAAGACGCUACAGAUGGAGGAAGAGUCAUGUACAUCGCCUUACCGGAUAGUUGUCCUUACGUAUAUGUGUCACUGUCGGGAUCUUAUGGACCGAGUGGGCAUGGAAGGGGCGCCAGGGACUCGAAAGGGAGAACGAUGGCAAAGGUAGACAUGGCCACCAUGAAAAAGUUGGUCCUAGAGGCCAUCCCGAAAGCACUAUCUCGACCACAGGAGAGAUGGGCUCUCGAGUCAACAAAGCUCACAGCAAAGUCUCUCCGAAGCAUCUGCGAGCUGAGAGGCAAUCACAAGCCAGGUACAGGAGGUGGUGCAUACAGUAUCUUCACGACGAACACGCAAGUUUCUAAUAGCAGCCCUGUUGAUGUACAAGUUCACAGACAGGAACAAAGCGACGAGGUGAACGGCUCUGUUCAGCAGCGAUUCGGUCCUUUGCCAAGUGAACACUAUGCGCCUCUUGAUCGGAUCCACGUCAGAGUCGAGAAUCUGAUACCGAAAGAUGGAGCAACCUUCACAGAUUCAACAGCAGAGGAAACGAAUGAUAUUGGGCUCACAUUUUCUGGAUCGGAUGUGUUCCUGGGGUUGCGCAAGCUGGCGGAGAUGGGGCAAGCCCAUAUGAACUUGGAUAAAACGCCUGCUUGGAUGACUGGAGAGCUGGGAGUCAGCAGCAUCACUGCGUAG